CCCGAAAAAAAUCGCCUUGCCACUCGUGUCAUACUCUCGCCGUCAUGGACGCUCUCAAGGCUGAAAUCGCAACAAAACGGAAGGCCAUCGAGGUGGAUGGGCGCCCCUCAAAGUACAUGCGCCGGGGGGACCUCGAGCGGUUGCGUGAGCAGGAGGAAGCGGCGAAGAAGGCCGCAGAGAGGGAGGCAAAGGAGAAGGAGAAACAGGCUGCUGAAGAGAGGGCUAGGGCAGCUACUAAGUCCAAAGAAACUACCCGAUCGCCCUCUCGUUCGUCGAGCGUCAACCCGGGCACACCCUCGAAUGGGGAGCGCGCAGGCUCCGUACCUGCAGCCACCGGCGAGGCGUUCAACAUCUCCAUUGAAGAGACCAUCCGUCGGCUGCGUCAGAAGGGCCAACCGAUCCGUUUAUUUGGCGAGACCGAUCGGGACAGGCGCUUGCGUCUACGCGCCCUAGAACUCAUCGAGGAGCGCGGCCAUGAUCGACAAGGCGGGCAGAAUGACUUCCGCAAAGCCUUAGAAGACGUGGAGAAGGUCGAGCGAGAGCGACAGAGCAAGGGCGCGCGCGAGAAGGGAAAGAAGAAGGACGAGUCUGCCGCGAAUGCUGUCGGUGUCCUGGACUUGAAUCUCAUUAAAACCGAUCCCGACAAACUGUAUCCGCUCAUCUACUAUGCUCUCAAGCGAACGCUGAAGGAAUGGGAGGAAGCUAUGGACGACCGACCAGAGGACGUGAAGCGCACAACGCAAGGGAAGCUCGCCGCGGCCACACAGGUGCAAUCUGCGGAGUACCUGAAGCCCCUUUUUCGUCAGCUGCGCUCGAGAAACCUGCCACCAGACGUGCUAGCACGAAUUGCCGAAAUUGUACACUUCAUGCAAACGAGGCAGUAUCAGAAGGCCAACGAUUCAUAUUUGCGCCUAUCUAUCGGUAACGCCCCUUGGCCUAUAGGUGUCACCAUGGUUGGUAUUCAUGAACGUUCCGCUCGAGAGAAGAUCUCUUCAGAUCAGGUGGCGCACGUCUUGAACGAUGAAGUCAGCCGAAAGUACAUCCAAAGUCUCAAGAGGCUCUUGACGUUUUCGCAGACCAAGUAUCCGCCAGACGAUGUAUCUCAGCUGAUGGGCUAGCCGAGCGUAUUAUGCUUGUCUCUGAACGUGUGGCUGCCGUGAUGGUAUCGACAGCGGGCUCGCGUACGUAGCGUCCACACUGAGCUGUCUGCGCAUUAGCUAUAGCAAUUAACGAUUAUCCUAGUGUAUACAAAGCGUACAGAGUGCAAGGGAAACAACAAUAAGGAUACAUCGUCUGAGUCCGGAACGCGUCGUGCAUGGAUCGCCGGUCGAUACAAUGCGACAGGAAACUGCUGGCCGCUCGUCUAAGUGGUUGCUGCCUUCAUCGUCCAACAGGCGCCUCAGGACCUGGCGGUGGCGUGGCCUACACGCCGAGACCUGUCAUCAGUGCGCCUAUAGGACGACGUCCCAAAACCUACGAG